AUGCUGGAAGGAGUAAAGCAUGUGAUAGUGAUCCUGUCUGGCAAGGGUGGAGUAGGAAAGUCCACCAUUUCCUGCCAGCUGGCCCUCUGUCUGAAAGCACAGGGAUUCAAAGUGGGAAUCCUUGAUGUGGAUUUGUGUGGACCAUCCAUUCCUUAUCUGCUAGGCCUGGAAGGCCAAUCCAUCCACCAGUGUUCACAGGGAUGGGUCCCUGUUUACCCUAAUGAAGAUCAGAACCUGGCCGUCAUGUCCAUUGGAUUCCUCCUUCAGUCUCGAGAUGAUCCAGUUGUCUGGCGUGGACCAAAAAAGAAUGCCAUGAUCAAACAGUUCCUUGCUGAUGUGUUCUGGGGGGAUCUGGACUAUCUGCUGAUUGAUACACCACCUGGCACAUCUGAUGAGCACAUCACUGUCAUGGAAAAUAUACGACAAGUUCAUUGUGAUGGUGCAAUUUUGGUCACAACUCCACAAGCAGUUGCAGUUGGUGAUGUCCGAAGAGAGGCCACAUUCUGCAAGAAAGCUGGAAUACCUAUACUGGGUGUGAUUGAAAACAUGAGUGGUUUUACCUGUCCACAUUGCAAAGAGUGUACAAACAUCUUUUCUAUGGAUGGGGGGAAACAAUUGGCAAAAAUUGCCCAGGUACCCUUCCUUGGUUCUGUCCCCAUCAAUCCAGAAAUAUCAGGAAAAGAAGGUGGCUCCAUUGGAUUUGUAGAUGCAUUUCAAUCUUCUUCUCUGUUUCCCAUAAUUCAUAGCAUUUCCUGUAAGCUCACCCAGAGUGCUCCUAGUAAAAGUGACACUGUCUGA